AUGACCAAUUUCCGAGUAUUGGGUCAUGAACAUGCAGGAAAUGGCACUAUAGUUAUAUCAGAAGAUUUGGAUGACAAUUAUGCAGGAUAUGCGGAGACCUUUAUAGACUCGUUUGGCAAUGGACAAUUCAAGCAACUUCCUUUAAGGAUAUGGCAGAUUCCCGUUUGUCAAGGAAUCAAAGAAUUUCUUAAGAAGUACACUUAUCCAUCGUUGAUACCAGGAAACAACACGGACUUUCCAUUUGAUGGCAGUCAGUGUCCUGUUCGAAAGGGUACCUACUACAUUAAGAAUAUGAUAUUGGAUCCGACUCCAUUUCCGAAUAUUUUGCCACGUGGCAUUUUUAAGGCUAUCUUUCAUUUUGUGAAGGGCAAUCAAAAGCUGGGUAACUUGGAAUUAGUUUUCCAAGUCAAGGAUCGAAUGUUUUAA